AUGUACAAGCCGAAUUCUAUGUGGACAUGGUCCUUCGCUAUAGUUACCCUCGUUCAAACUAUCAUCACACUUGCUCUAGAAUGUUAUGUAUUUGCAAACUUUCAGAUCCAACUGAAUCCCAAAGCCGAAGCCGUGACCGCGUCUAAAACCAUCCCAACCUUCCUCGCUCUGUACAGUUUUGGUUUCAUCUACGAGUUGGUCCUCGUGUACGAUGCCCUGCGCCUUAAGAACACCAUUCAAGUUAUUGGGUUAUGCGUGUGUAAUGUGGGACUUUUGAUCUAUGGAGCAGUGCAAGUGGAGCAGAUCAAGGAAGCCGUGGGCGUUUUGACAGAUAAUGAUGCCAUUAACGACAAUAUCUGGGCAGAGACGGAACCGUUCCUGAUUAUUAUUCCAUGCGUCGUGGCUAUGGGUACGCUCUUAAUGGUUAUUGUCGCCUGGAAGCUUUACGAUGAAUUUGCAUGGUCGAUUUAUAAGCAUAUUAGUGCAGAUUUGCGAAUGAAACGUCGCUAUCUUUUAUACCAGAUUUACAUCGCCCUCCUCAAGUUCGAUUUCUUCUUCUUCCUAGGAUUUACCGUCCAGUUCAUUGUCGUCGUUACCAACAGGACGGACGUUGAAUUCGCUCUUACACUGGCUGCUAUACCGGUUACGAUCUUGAUUUUAAUCUGUGCGGCGAUCUUUGUGCGGCGCGAGAGCGGAGUAGGAAUGAUCAUAAUUAUUUUACUGUAUUUCGGCGCAAUGGCGUAUUUCUUGUUCAAGCUGGUUCGCAUGUACCAGCCAGCGACCGCUAAUAACUAUAUGCCGGCCCGGAGGUCCCUGACGUUCUUUGCAAUCAUUACGCUUAUCUUGAUUGUCCUGACGAUCGUCAACGCCUGCAUGUGCAUGCAUAACUUCAACAAGGGGUUGAAGCCGCAUAUCAACAAGAAGAAGGCCCGCAAGGAGACAGAAAAAUCUACCGAGCUGUCUACCGUCACCAGCGAAGUGCCUUCCCGAAUGAUGAUCGAUUAA